AUGGACAAUGAUGAGACUAAAGAGCUUGCAUCGGACCCCGAUUAUGGCCCGGAUUCUCUAGAAGUCGAGAAAGUGGAAGAAGGACCUGAUGAAAUGGAGGUGGACGAGAAGCUUGAGAAGCCUACCAUGGAGAUCAACAAUGGAAUUUCAACGAAGCAAUCAGUGCAGCUUCGCAAUGCAUCUGUCCAAUAUCCACUUUUGCUGCACCCGACAGACGACGAGGACGAUAUGCAAACCAAGGAUGCCAUGAUCGGGAACCUGGAAUCAGGGUGA